AAAAUAUACAAGGACUGGGGGGAGAGGACAUUUACAUCAUGGGAAGGAAAUGAGAGACUUGGGUGGAGGAAGUCAAGGACUAGGGGGCAGGAUAAUUGGGUCCUAAUACCAAUCCCCGUGAAUAACAGGUUUGCCUUGUCUUCAUCCCAUCCCCAAGUCUGUGAACAGCUCUAUUGAUGCCCUACCUUCCCAGUGCCUGGGGCAGCAGUGGGGUUGUGAAAUCAUUUGCAAAUGGGUAACAGCAUGGUAUCCCCUCCCUGAGCCCAAGGGAUGGGUGGUGGGACUUAGGGGUGAGUCAGUGGGGUGGGACCCCUAACUCUCUACACGUUCUUCUCCUGGGGGAUAUAAAGGACAAGGGCUGGGGCCACGCCUCAGAGCACCCCAAACCAGUCAUCAUGAAGGUCCCUGUCCUUUCUAUCAUUGUUCUGCUCUCUCUCCUGGCUGUCCAAUCUGCCCAGGGGGCUGCCCUAGGAGACUCUCAGAGAGGGACCACUACGGCCAAUUACGCAGAGAGAUCUGAGAACUCGGACACCCAGUUCCUGAAUGUGGACAGGUGGCGUUCUGCCUUCCAGUCCAAGGAGUUUCUAAACUGGCAUGCCCUCUAUGAGGUAAGUGCUUUGCCUCCGUGCCUCCUUUCAAGGAGGGGGGGGAACAGAAGAUGCUGGUUCUCAAAAUCCUCCCAUGUUCUGGGAUGGGCAAUAAGGAAGAUACCUUUUUUAUAUACAUUCAACAAACCGUCCUGGCAGAUCCUGUCCAACAAAUUACCCUACAAAGCUACUGCCAAAUGGAGGGGGGAGGGGAAGGGAGGAUAGGGAGAGAGCCAGAAGAAGCAGAAGUGGUAGAUUCAUUCAUAGAAUUGCAGAAUUCUCAACAUAAGAGAGACUUCAGGGAUCCUCCCACCCAGCUUCCUCACAUGAUGAGAAAAGUCAAGUUCAUCGAUGAAAUGACUGGUGAAGUCCAUGGUCACCCAGGUUCAGAAAUCCUCAGGUUUAGAGUGGUAAACGACCCCCGAGGACAUCCAGGAGUGUCCCAAGUUAGAGGACCUAAAGCUCAGGGAAGUUAGUGCCUUGUUUAGGGGCCCUCAAAUAGUAAGUAUCAGAGGCAGCAUUUGAAUCCAGGCUCUCUGAGGCCAGAGCCGCUGGUCACUCCUCAGUACCAUCUUGCCUCAGUCGGUCUCCUCUGUUCUUUCCCCUACACCACC